AGAAAGGGCAUAGCAAAAUCAUGGAGUCCUCAUCUCAAUCAUCAUAUCCAAGUGCUUCUCGAAUCUCUGAUUCUAAUUGCUAUCCUCAGUACUCUGCUUCUCUCAAGUGUUUAGAAGAAUUCAGCACUGAUAAGAGUAAAUGUCAGGAGCAUUUUGAUGUUUACAAGGAAUGCAAGAAGAAAGAGGUAAUUUCCCAUUCCAAUUCUUGUUAUAAUAUGUAA